GGAGACCAGAGAGCAAUACACUUUCCAACAUGAAGACUUCUCUCGCUCGAAUGCAGAAGCUCGUCCAUGCCCAGGCAAUGGUGGAGCAACCUCGAGUGCUUGUACCGAUACCAGCCGGCCCAAGAGCUAAGAAGAAUUUUAUCAUGGUGUCUUCACGCGACGCUGAAAUCUAUCCGCUAGUGGUCUCAGUGUCAGUUGGCCUUGCGAUCGGCGCUUUCAGCCUCAUUCGCCACGGAUUGUUCGAUCCAGACGUGAACGUGAGCCGUGACCGACGUGAAACGCCAGCGUGGGAGCGAUACAAGCCCGAGGAAGGGCAAGCAUUCUCGCGCAACCGUCACCUCCUUGCCAAUCUCAAGCCCAACCCAGUCAAUACAUUUCCAGAGGCACGCAAGCUUCGAGCAGGAGCCGACGGACCGUUCCUGAAACUCCUAUAGGAAAUCGAUGGUGUUGCAUGACUAAUGUGUAACGGCUUACCAACACGACAAAUUCAGCUAAAACAAAACGAAAAAUAUCAUUUCGUGCUGUAACUCGAA